UCUAUAAUACAAUGCGACGCAAAAUAACAGUGACACAGCAUACGCGCGAUUGAUCGCACGGCGAUCAACGGCCGGAGCAGAAAUUGUAGUUGGGGAAUGAAGUUGGAAAUCGGCGGAAAUGGAAGCUCUUUACGAAGAUCGCCGUCUCUUGCGCGAAAGUGCUCGCAAUUCCGUCGGAUUUAUACGCGUUACAUAAAGUAACCGCGGUCAUGCAUUAUGGUAGACGGCGCGAGGUCGCGCCAAGGAUAAAUGGGUGCACUCUACUAUUAGAAGCUAAGAGCACGUAGUAACAGCGGCUCCAUUCCGAGUCCCGCGUGCGUCAAAAUCCGACGAUUAUCCCUACGAUUGCCUCGUUUCAUGCUGACUGAAAAGGAGAAAAGGUUGAGGAAUGGAUAAAAGAAAAAGGCCAACCACUUUAUAUUCUGAAUACCAACAUCUUCCGAAAAAGGAGCUACGGAGAGAAACAAAGAAAAAGGAAAGAAAAAAAAAAUAUAUAUAUAUAUAUAGUAAAUGUUUACCUUUACACAGCCAGCUUUAAAUGAUUUCAAAGUAACCUAGAUGUUGACUUUGACCCUCAAGGAGGUUAAUGCUAUUGACCUUUAUCGGCGUUCAUUGUUUGUUAAAAAGUUAUUAACCAAAAAAGUUUUAGAAGUUGAACGUAAUUUUUGCACACGGUGUAUAUGGAAAUACGGAAAUAUUUGCGCAUCUUCUAUAGUUUCAGAAAUAUUAAUAAAAAAGGUAACACAGUAAGGUAAUUCAGUUUUUACUUUCACAUACUUUUAUAUACUUUUAUAAACAUAUAAGGUGUAGUAAAAAAAAAUCCAUUAUUUUUGCAUGAAAUUUAUUUAGCAGGCUUUUAGAAGGCUUAUUUAGCAUAGUUAGAAUGAUCCGAUUUAGGUCAAAUAUGCACCGUUUUGUUCGAUAAUUUGUUGCCAUUUUGAAGGUAAUUCCAUUAUGCCUCUCACACACACAUACACACACACACAUACACACAAUCACACACACAUACUACUCGCCCGCAUAUCGCGCUCGCCCGUCCGCCCGGGCGAACUCGCGGUGUGUGCGUGUGUCGUAUUAUAUUUGAAGUUUUAUAAAUACACACUUUUUUUAAAUAAUAUAAACACGGCUAUAUGGCGGUCGCUUAUAGUUUCCGAGAUAUUAAUAAAAAAGAUGUUUGUCUCUAGCCGACUACGCCCCCCAGACCGCCGCUCAGCGGCGAGGGAGGGGAAGGGGCCACAUCUAUCGUACUUAAGCUAAAGAGUGAGAAUUUCUCACAAAAGUUUGAGAAAAAGUGUGUAUCAAGAGACGCGGUAGCGUCAAAUGAAUGCGCAAAGCGAGGAACGGCGUGAGAGCGGCCGCGAAUAACACGCCUAGUUCAGCGCAGACAAGAUUUCUCGUUCGACUAUAACGGCUAAUCGGAUGAAUUUCUAGAUAGGCUCUAUCGAUUCCUUGGGAUAGAUUUGCUUAAGGAGGUUUAUCUGCUACCGUGUUAGUCAAAGGUAUGCUAAACAAUUUGACUAGCGUAGUAGAUGUAUAUGCGGCAACGCUGUUGAAUACAAGCGAGAGCUUCUGCUCGCUCUACUAAAUCGCGUACGUUACCUCGUGCUGUCAACAAUAACAAAAUGUCAACUGAAAAUGAGGUUAAAAGAAAAAGAUUUUAUUGGAAAAAUAAGCUUGUGACAGAAAAAGUUUAUAAAAACCGUAUACGAUUGAAGGAAGUUGGAAAAAACUUGCAAAAAGUUCGCACUCGAUGUGAAGGUAACCUUCAACCACGUGAAAAUGUUCGAGAAAAGAAGACAUUAGAGGGACGCCGAAUUGUUGAUCUGAAUUCUCUUGGAAAAAAUUUGAUUUGUCAAUCAUGUGGUUCAAUUUUGUCUUUAUUAGACAUAGAAGAUGAAGAGUGCAAAGGCUUAGCAUCAUUAUUCACCAUCAAGUGUCGAAAAUGUAGUAAAAAAACAAGAGUUGCAUCUGAUAAACAUCACGUUUCAAGCACAAAUAACAAGGAAUCAAAUCAUUUUGAUGUAAAUACAAGAGCUGUGAUAGGAGUAUUGAACUCUGGGUCUGGCAAUACACAUUUAAACAAAAUCUUGGCAGCCUUGGAUGUUCCUCUGCUUCAUCCAAAUGUGUACAAAGUGCAUGAGAAAGAGGUUGGACGUGCAAUGGAAGAAUUAGCCACAGAAAGUUGCAAAGAAGCUGCGAUAUUAGAAAGAAAUUUGACAAUAGAGAAAGCAGAUGAAUUGAAACUGUUGUUGUAAGUGUUUUAGUAGAAAGCGCUAUACGUAUCAUCUAUACGUAGGCGUUGAUGCUAAAAAUUGUAAAAUUUGAGAGUAAAAAUGUUUUUUUUUAUAAAUAAUUUUACAAUUUAAUAUAUAAUAUUGAGUAAUCUCUCUCUCUCUGUGUAACUAGAGAUUUAUAAUUAUCAUCAAAUAAUCGUGCAUCUACAAAUUUUUCACUAUAAUUAUUUACCAAAAAAUUUUUUUUAUAAUAUUUAAAGUUUCAUCAUAG